AGUGCUUCUAUCAACCUAGAAAAUGUGAAAAAGAUCAACCCAGUAAUUUAAUUUUGGUAAACCAUUCUCUGCAAGCCUGUGAAAAAAUAUGUAAUUGAAAUUUGGCUCCCCUUGUGAUGUCAGAAGGGGAUAAUACCGCCCCUUAAUCUGCAUUAUCCAACAACGGCACUGCCAUUUAGUGCAGAGAUCAGCUCAUUUGCAUUUUUAAGGACACACCCCAAAAACCCAAUGGGUUUCAGGUCAAAAAGGGACAAACCGUUGGGUUAAAUUACCCUUGGAAAAUGUCCAUAUUUCACCCAACCAUUGAUCAAAACAAACCGGAAUUUGAGAUUAAAACAACCUAGUAUAGCUUAAUUUAUAUUUGCCUUUUUGCAUUUUAUCCUAAGCAGCUUACAGUGCAUUACUAAGUAUACAUAAUGUUUUUAUUAGUUUGUGUGUCCCCUGGGUUUGAACCCAUUACCGCUACCACGAUACACGAGCACAGAGAUUGGGUUUGUCCUUUUUAAACACAACCAUGGGUUGAAAAUAACCUAGCAUUUUAAAAAUGUAAGAUUGUAUUUUAAUACUGAGCAUGGUACAGUACCGAGUCGGCCCAUAGACUUCCAUUGUGCCAUUGCGCUAAAGUCGUAUUGAACCUGGAACAGUCCUUUAACAUUACUCAACACUUUUGUUUGAUUCUGUCGAAUAAGUCAGUCACCUUGGUACAGUAUCUGUUAAAAUAACUACUGUCUGUUUAUGGUGGGCUACAGCAUGUAUUCGUUUGGCGGGGUGUCGUCGCGUAUUCAGAAGGAGCGUCUGCUGGCAGAAGGGAUGGGUACCAAUGAGAAAGCACUCAAGUUCCUGAACCAAGAUUAUGAUGAACUGAAGAGAGAAUGUGUGGAGAGUGGGAAAAUGUUUGAAGACCCCUGUUUCCCCGCCAUAGCCCAGUCAUUGGGAUUUAAAGAGCUUGCCCCAAACUCCUCCAAAACACGCGGUGUGAAGUGGAUGAGGCCCAAUGAGCUGUCAAACAACCCUCAGUUUAUUGUGGGCGGGGCCACACGGACAGAUAUUUGCCAGGGGGCUUUAGGUGACUGUUGGCUACUGGCUGCCAUAGCAUCCCUGACCCUAAAUGACAGGCUGCUACACCGGGUUGUACCUCACGGGCAAAACUUUACAGAUGACUACGCAGGCAUCUUUCACUUCCAGUUCUGGCAGUUUGGCGAAUGGAUGGACGUUGUGAUCGAUGACCGCUUGCCUACAAAGGAAGGAAAGCUGCUGUUUGUUCACUCGGCAGAGGGAAACGAAUUCUGGAGCGCCCUACUGGAGAAGGCUUAUGCAAAGCUGAACGGUUCGUACGAAGCUCUGUCCGGCGGUUCCACCACGGAAGGCUUCGAGGACUUCACGGGCGGAGUUGCCGAGAUGUACGAGCUGCGUAGUGCUCCCAAAGAUUUGCACCGCAUCAUCGGCAAAGCUUUGGAAAGAGGUUCCCUGUUGGGAUGCUCUAUUGAUAUCACCAAUGCUUUGGACAUGGAGGCUGUGACUUUUAAGAAGCUGGUGAAGGGACAUGCGUAUUCUGUCACGGGUCUCAGAGAGGUAAAUUACCGCGGUAACAAAGAGAGGCUGAUCCGUAUCCGGAACCCUUGGGGUCAAGUCGAAUGGACAGGAGCUUGGAGUGACAAUUCAUCAGAGUGGAACGGGAUUGACUCUGCUGAUAGAGAAGAAAUGAACAACCACAUGGAGGAUGGCGAGUUCUGGAUGUCUUUUCAGGAGUUCAAGCGUCAGUUUUCUCGGCUUGAAAUCUGUAACCUGACAGCGGACGCUCUGAGCGAAGAUGCUCAGAGUUUUUGGAACACGAUUAAGUUUACCGGAAGUUGGAGAAAAGGGAGUACGGCAGGCGGCUGCAGGAACCACCCCAAUACAUUCUGGAUAAACCCGCAGUAUAAAAUCACCCUCCUUGAGGAAGAUGAUGAUCCUGAGGAUGAAGAGGUUGCAUGCAGCUUUCUGGUGGCACUGAUGCAGAAGGACAGACGGCGUUAUCGCAAACAGGGACAGGACAUGCACACCAUCGGCUUCGCUUUAUAUAAGGUCCCGGAAGAGUAUCAAGGCGCUCAGAGCGUUCACCUCAAGAAGGAAUUUUUCCUGCGCCAGUCCUCAUGCGGACGUUCACAGAGUUUCAUAAACCUGCGUGAGGUCAGCGCAAGACUGAAGUUGCCUCCGGGCGAGUACCUCAUCGUCCCGUCCACCUUUGAGCCCAGCAAAGAGGCCGACUUUGUUCUCCGAGUUUUCACGGAGAAAGCCACUGAAACACAAGAGAUGGAUGAUGAAAUUUCAUUUAACCUGGAAGAUGAAGAGGAGAUUUCCGAAGCAGACAUUGAUGAGUCUUUUAAACGAAUGUUCGCUCAGCUCUCCGGCGAGGACAUGGAGAUAUCCGUUCAUGAGUUACAAACCAUUUUGAACCGAGUGGUCUGCAAACACGGCGAUCUUAAAACAGACGGCUUCGGUAUGGAGUCGUGCAGAUGUAUGGUCAACCUGAUGGAUAAAGAUGGCAGCGCGCGGCUGGGACUCGUGGAGUUUCAGAUCCUUUGGAAUAAAGUCAGGAAGUGGCUGGGAAUUUACAGACAGUUUGAUCUGGAUAAGUCUGGCACCAUGAGCUCGUACGAGAUGCGGCUGGCUUUAGAAGCGGCUGGGUUUAAGCUCAACAACAAGCUGCAUCAGAUGCUGGUGGCGCGAUAUUCAGAGGGAGAGAUGAUUGAUUUUGACAACUUCGUAUGUUGCCUGGUCAAACUGGAAGCGAUGUUUAAGGCUUUUAAAGAGCUGGAUAGAGAAGGGACAGGGGUCGCACAGCUCAAUGUCUGUGAGUGGCUGUACAUGACCAUGUGUGGUUGAUGUGUGGAAACAACCAGACCUCGCGGGAAUUCAAACGUAUUUUCACACGUGAAUCGUACAAAAAUGUACGAUUAUUAAAAACAAUAAUGAUACCCCUACAAACAACGUCACGGGCAAAAGCAAAUCAUACAAAAAAUGGUCGUACAAAUUACUACAAAUAGCCACCUCGUAAAAUACAUAUGGAUUGCCAUGAGAUUAUGUUGGUGGAGAAGAUCAUUUAAUGCUAAACAAGAAGGGCCAAAAUCACAACCACAACUACAGCUUUAUAGCCAUUACACCAAAGGAUGCCAAAGCAAUACAUAACAUACUGCCUUAAAAACACACCCAACCUAACCAAUACACUGCAAAAAAUUACUUUCUUAGUAUUUUUGUCUUGUUUUCAGUACAAAUAUGUAUUUUCCGAUGACCAAAAACAAAUUAUGAAAAUAAGUCUAGUUUUUAGACAAAAAAGGUCCAGACAGGCUCACCCCUAGUUCAAAUAUCUACAUUUUUUUUUAAAUUAAGAUGCAUUUUCUUAAUGAGAAAAAUUAUCUAAAAAAAUGUAUCUAGUUUUUAGAC